UCAUGUGAUUCCUGACUCCGCCCACACACGCAACCGAGGUCCUGUAACCGCAGGGCUUCUCUACAGGUGGAGGUUCCGGCUUCAUAAAAUCACCUGCUGAUACCUUCUGUUUAAGAAAAUUUACCUGAUUGACCAAUCAAGGAUGAAUAGGGACAGAGACAAGAAGGAGAGGAUAAUAAAUCUCACAUUAGAGAUACUUUACUGGCUUACCGGAGAGGGUUACACAGUAGUGAAGAAGAUCUCUAGUCAGCGCUGUCAAGCCUCUGAAGGAUGGGGAAGAACCACAGGACCUCCACCUCACUCCCUGAUACAUGAGGAGAUCAAUGAACAGAAGAUCCUAGAACUCACCCACAAGAUGAUUGAGCUGCUGACUGGAGAGGUUCCUAUAAGGUGUCAGGAUGUUGCUGUAUAUUUCUCCAUGGAGGAGUGGGAGUAUUUAGAAGGACACAAGGAUCUGUACAAGGACAUCAUGAUGGAGAACCACCAGAACCUCACAUCACCAGGUAGAUCCAAUAAGAGAAGAACACCAGAGAGAUGUCCCAGUCCUCUUCUUCCUCAGGAUCAUCAGAUUAUUCAGCAGAAGAAGUUGAGCAAUAAUAAAUAUACACAGACAUAUGUGAAGGGUGAUGACCAGUGGAAGGAGGACAUUCCUACAGAGACAUAUGUGAGAGGUGAUGAGCUGACUAAGGAAGACCUUCCUGCAGAGACAUUUGUGAGAGGUGAUGAGCUGCCUAACGAGGACAUUCCUACAGAUACAUAUGUGAGAGGUGAUGAGCUGCCUAACGAGGACAUUCCUACAGAUACAUAUGUGAGAGGUGAUGAGCUGCCUAACGAGGACAUUCCUACAGAGACAUAUGUGAGAGGUGAUGAGCUGCCUAAGGAAGACCUUCCUACAGAGACAUAUGUGAGAGGUGAUGAGCUGCCUAAGGAAGACCUUCCUACAGAGACAUAUGUGAGGGGUGAUGAGCUGACUAAGGAAGACCUUCCUGCAGAGACAUUUGUGAGAGGUGAUGAGCUGCCUAAGGAGGACAUUCCUACAGAGACAUUUGUGAGAGGUGAUGAGCUGACUAAGGAAGACCUUCCUGCAGAGACAUUUGUGAGAGGUGAUGAGCUGCCUAAGGAGGACAUUCCUACAGAGACAUAUGUGAGAGGUGAUGAGCUGCCUAUAGAAGACCUUCCUACAGAGACAUAUGUAAGGGGUGAUGAGCUGACUAAGGAAGACCUUCCUGCAGAGACAUUUGUGAGAGGUGAUGAGCUGCCUAACGAGGACAUUCCUACAGAGACAUAUGUAAGGGGUGAUGAGCUGACUAAGGAAGACCUUCCUGCAGAGACAUAUGUGAGAGGUGAUGAGCUGCCUAUAGAAGACCUUCCUACAGAGACAUAUGUAAGGGGUGAUGAGCUGACUAAGGAAGACCUUCCUGCAGAGACAUUUGUGAGAGGUGAUGAGCUGCCUAACGAGGACAUUCCUACAGAGACAUAUGUAAGGGGUGAUGAGCUGACUAAGGAAGACCUUCCUGCAGAGACAUUUAUGAGAGGUGAUGAGCUGCCUAAGGAAGACCUUCCUACAGAGACAUAUGUGAGAGGUGAUGAGCAGUGUAAUGAGAACAUUCCUACAGAGACAUAUAUAAGAAGUGAUGAGCAACAUAAGGAGAACAUUCCUACAGAUAACCGCCCAGAUGACUGUACCAGGAGCUCAGAGAGUGAUUGCAAUAUCACACAGGACACAUAUGAAGAGCAUGCCGUUAUCUCAGAUGUACCCUCAGCCGUUCACAGCAAAGAUCUAUCAUCUGAUCCCUUCAAACAGCUAUCAUCUGAUUCAUCACAGACUGUUAAGGAAAAUACAAGUCACAGAAGGAGUGUUGUACGUCAAAGAAAGAACGCAAGGAAGCCAAUUUCAUGUUCAGAAUGUGGAAAGUGUUUUAUUAGGAAAUCAAAACUUUAUAGACAUCAUAUAAGUCACACAGGGGAGAAGCCAUUUUCAUGUUCAGAAUGUGGAAAAUGUUUUGGGCAGAAAUCACAUCUUGUUAGACAUCACAGAAUUCACACAGGGGAGAAACCAUUUUCAUGCCCAGAAUGUGGGAAACGUUAUAACAUCAAAUCACUGCUAUUUAGUCAUCAGAGAAGUCACACAGGGGAGAAGCCAUUUUCAUGUUUGGAAUGUGGAAAAUGUUUUACUGUUAAAUCUCAUCUUAAUAGACAUCUUAGAUCUCACACAGGAGAGACACCGUUUUCAUGUUCAGAAUGUGGAAAAUGUUACAGUGUUAAAUCUCUGCUUGAUACACAUCUGAGAAUUCACACAGGAGAGAGGCCGUUCUCAUGUUCAGAAUGUGGGAAAUGUUUUACUGUUAAAUAUCAUCUUAAUAGACAUCUUAGAUCUCACACAGGAGAGACACCGUUUUCAUGUUCAGAAUGUGGAAAAUGUUUCAAGGUUAAAUCAAAUCUUAUUACACAUCAGAAAAUUCACACAGAAGUGAAGCCAUUUUCAUGUUCAGAAUGUGGGAAAUGUUUUAUCCAGGAGCAAAAUUAUCUUAUACAUCAAAGAAGUCACACAGGGGAGAAGCCAUUUUCAUGUUCAGAAUGUGGGAAAUGUUUUAAGCAAAAAUAUGAACUUCUUAGCCAUCAGAGAAAUCACACAGGGGCAAAACCAUUUUCGUGUUCGGAAUGUGGCAAAUGUUAUAAACGAAAAUCACACGUAGUUGAACAUCAAAAAACUCACACAGGAGAGAAGCCAUUUUUUUGUUCAGAAUGUGGGAAAUGUUUUGUCCAGAAAUCAAAACUUGAUAGACAUCAGAAAAGUCACACAGGGGAGAAGCCAUUUUCAUGUUCAGAAUGUGGGAAAUGUUUUAUCACUAAAUCAACUCUAGUUAUGCAUCAGAGAACUCACACGGGGGAGAAGCCAUUUUCAUGUCCAGAAUGUGGGAAAUGCUAUACUCGGAAAUCACAUCUUGUUGAACAUGUGAAGAGUCACACAGGAGAGAAACCAUUUUCAUGUUCAGAAUGUGGGAAAUGUUUUAUACAGAAAUCACGUCUUGUCAAACAUCAGAGAAUUCACACAGGAGAGAAGUCGUUUUCACGUGCAGAAUCUGGGAAACGUUAUAACGUUAAAUCAAAACGUGAUACACAUCGGAGAAUUCACACAGGAGAGAAGCCGUUUUCAUGUUCAGAAUGUGGCAUGUGUUUCUCAAGGAAGAUAAGUCUUCUUAAGCAUCAGAACGUUCACAGAGGGGAAAAGCCUUUUUCAUGUUCUGUAUGUGGAAAGUGUUUUAACCGAAAGUCAGCUCUUCUUGGGCAUCAAAAAACUCACACAAGGAAGUAGCCAUUUUUGUUUUUAACUAGUUUUAUUGACACUUAAUACAGGAACAAAUACAUUCAAAGUAUAGAUAGCAAUCCUAAAAUGAAGCAGCAUGGUGUGCUACACUGUUUAUAUAGCUCACUGCUUAGUUCCAUGCAUUACAACCUCCGCACUAUGCAA